CUUUGGUUGUUCUGUCAAUGCUGCUUGUCUUUUCUGUCAAAUAUAAUUUGUCAACCUGAAAUUUGAAAUAUUUUUGUAGGAAUUUUUAUUGGAAGUUUUAGAAAUUUAAGUUUAUUCAUUAAUUAACUAAUAAUAUAUGUUAAUAUACUAUACUACUCAUAGUCUUUUAAAAUCAGUAUAAAAAUAAUAUUUAAUAAUCGAUUUCGUAAACAUGUUUGAAUCUGAUGACUACGAUCAGGUUUUAUCUCAAAUCGAUUUUCCGGAAUUAAACGCAAAUUUUCUCUCUAAAAAUGAAGUCCAACAGAAAAAGAUAGAUGAAUCUGAAAAGAAAGAAAAUGGACAAAGAGUUUUUAAAGGAACAGAAAUAGUAGACUUUCAAACAAGCAAUAAACACAUUGAAACGAAUGUAAAAAAUUUCGAUAAAAGUGACCAAGUUUUGCCGUCUAAAAACUUUCCAGAAAAAGUAAAUAAAACGUGUGAUAUUUCACCAAAGCAUACAAAACGAAAAAUUAUAAAUUCAUACUUUGAUCAUAAAAAUAAAAGAAAGUUCCCAGGACCAGCUGGUCUGUUAUCAGGUAACUUUGAAGAGAAAAGGGAUGAUGGUGUAUGUCAUAUGGAGCUCCUUUCACAGGAUAUAGACUUUUCACAGAGUUACUUAAAUUGUAAUGUUUUUGAGACUCCACUUUGGAAGAGACUUUUAGAAGAUACUGCAAGGCUAAAAGAAAUUAAUUCUAUUAAUGCUAUAAAACACCAAGCUUUGACUGGCAAUCUACGUAGAAAAAAGGCACAAAAUGUUGUCGCUGUUGUUGAAUCUGUCGAUAGAUCUGCAAUUGAUCCGUUGAUAACAAUCAGAGACCAAACCGGUAAUAUAAAAUGUACACUUCAUAGAGAUGCCUGGACAGCAUUUUCAGCAUAUAUUGUAUCUGAUUAUUGUGCUCUAGUUCUAUGCAAACCUACAGUUCUAACAACUGGGAGUGCAUUCAAAAAACAUUAUUUAAAUAUAACACUCAGUAACAUCUCAGGUAUAUACAGUUCAACUGUAUUAGGUGCUAACGAAAUUUUACCUGAUGGUUAUCAGAAAAUAUGUGAAGAUGAUUGUACUAUAAUUAAAAUAGACAAAUCAGAAAAUAUUUCUCCAAAUGAGUCAAUAGUAGAUAAUGACUUUUUAGACGAUCUGGAUGAUGUGUUUUCCGAUGAUUUGUUUUAAUGGCAUUUGAUAAAUAGUAUUAUAUCAAUCUCUGUUAAAUUAAGGUAAAAAUUAAAAUAUCAAAAGCAAGAAUAUGUAAAUUACGUAAUAAUUCUGGUCGCAAUUUGCAGAGGUAACUUCUGUAUUAAUUUACUAAAAGAAAAAACAAUAUUUUGUAUUUAAAGUACAACGUAAAAUAAACUGUAAUGUUGCAACUGCUUUGUUAUAAAACUAGUAAUGUAAAUAAAACUAAAUUUUCAUGUCAA